AUGCGCGUGUCGCCGGCUGCCGGAACGCCGACGGCCUCGGCUCUGGCCGCGCCACAGCCAGCGCCAACGUCAGCGCAACGCCGUCGACAGGCGCACACGGACACGAACACCAGUAUGGGCACUGACAGAUUAAAACGCCAACGCCAACGCCCACGUGCACGCUCACACCCACGCAUGCACGCAUCAUUGGCUGGGCAGGCAGCGCGUAUGGCUUAUUAUGCUUCGCCGCCCCCACCAGCGCCGACUCCGCCUCCGCCGCCCCCCUCGUCUGCCCCUCCUCCUCGUCCCGUCGGGCGAUGUAUAAAACCGCCGAGCGCUCGCUCCACUUGCCGGUCGCAACGCAAGUCCGGUAUUCUUGUCAGUCGUUGGCCGUUGGUCGUUGGUCGUCGGUCGUCUGUCGUUUGUCUCUUGUCUCCUGUCGCUUGUCGUUCGUCGCACGUCGCCGCACGUCGCACUCAUCGCCCGUCGUGGAGGCGGCCGAGCCGACUUGAGGCCGUGCCGUGCGUGCGUGCGUGCGUGAGUGUGUCUGGCUGGCUGGCGCGCCUGCGUGCCUGCGCGAGUGGCAGUGCGCCGCGUCUGCGUGCCAGCGUGCGUGCGUGCGUGCGUGUGUGCGUGCGUGCGUCUCAGGCAGGCAUGCCCGGCUCGGCGAGUUCCGGCUCAGUCGGUGCCUUGUCGCCUGGCCAAGGCACUACUGCUCGGCGUUGA